AUGUUGUUGCAUAUCAUUGUAUUCACCUUAUUAUACUGGAAUAUAUCCAGUGAAAACCUGGUUAAAGCAAUCGAAUUAACGGUAUUGAAUCCUGCAGCCACACCAAAUAUUAUAGACGCCUGGGGCUAUCCACUGCAUAGUGUAAAAGUUAAAACUGAAGAUGGAUAUAUUCUUACGAUGCAUCGGAUCCCCUAUGGCAAAGAAGAGAUGCGAAAACCAUGCAACGCACGACCAGUCGUAUUUCUUCAACAUGGACUUGAGGCUACCAGUUCGAAUUUCGUUACGAACCUUCCAAAUAAAUCUCUUGGCUUUUUACUGGCUGAUAAUGGAUUCGAUGUAUGGAUGGGCAAUGUAAGAGGAAAUCGUUAUUCUAGGGAACACGUAAAUUUAACAGCCAAUGAUAAAAGUUUCUGGAAGUUCAGUUGGUUUGAUAUGAUGAAAUAUGAUUUAACUGCGAUGAUUGAUAAGGCGCUUGAAUUAACAAAUCAAUCGCAUCUUUAUUAUAUUGGACAUUCACAAGGAACUUUGAUAAUGUUCUCGAAAUUGACCAAUGAAGCACAUUUCGCCAAUAAGAUAAGAAAAUUUUUUGCGCUGGCUCCCGUCGCAACAGUGAAACACAUCAAAGGACUUUUGGCACUUUUUGCAGAUAAUUUUUACUGGGCACUCGAGGUUUUUACGCUAAUUUCUAAUUACUGCUGGUAUCGAAAAACGAAUUUAUUAUCCAAAACUUUUCAAAAGUGGUUUGGAACGCAAGAAUUUGUCCUGAACGACACAUUAAUGGAUGUUUUUAAAAAUAAGUUUUGUGAUUCGUAUCGUCUAAAUUUGGCAUGUGUGAACUUGCUUUCCAUGAUUGCUGGCCUGGAAAGUGGCCAACUUAACGAGACACGCUUGCCAAUCUUUUUAUCAGAUUUGCCUGGUGGAACAUCAGUGAUGAAUGUAAUAAAUUGGAUACAAAUGGUUAGAAAUGGUGCAGUCCAAGCGUAUGACUGGGAAAACCCGGAAGAGAAUAUCAAACAUUAUGGACAAAAUAAUCCACCAAUAUUUGAUUUGAAAAAGGUUGAUGUUGACAUGUACCUUUAUUGGAGUCCUGCUGAUUGGUUAGCGAACCAAAAAGAUAUCGAAGAAUUUUUACUUCUCAAUUUGAACAUGACGGCAAAUUUUCAUUAUAAAAUAUCUAAUAGCAUUAGGGAUAUUUUUAAUGUGAAGCUAAAAAAAUUCAAUCACAUGGACUUCUUAUGGGGAGAACGAGCUGCUAACGAAAUUUAUAAGCCGAUCAUUGACAUAAUAAAAGGUGACAGAAUGGUCGGAAAAACUGGAAAUUCUUAA